CCUCCUAUAAAUAUAAAUAAAACCUCCCCGCCGCUCUCCCGCUCCCGUCGCCGUUUCUCUUUCCUCAUUUCUCAACCAAGAACUGAAGAAGACGCCCCCGUCCAUCCAUCAAGGUCGAGGAGCCCGGCGGCCGCCAUGGACUGCCAGCAAGCUGCGACCAACGGCGGCCACCACAACGACGGCGACGCCGCCGAGUGGAAGCAGGUCGCCGAGCUGAGGGCCGUUACCGAGGCGCAGGACCCUGCCUGCAAGGAGGAGGACGACUACAUGCUGCGUCGGUUCCUUCGCGCCCGCGACCACCACAUCGGCAAGGCGUCGGCGAUGCUGCUCAAGUACCUCAAGUGGAAGCCGUCGGCGAAGCCCCACGGCUGCAUCUCCGAGUCGGAGGUGGCGCGCGAGCUCUCCCAGGGGAAGUUGUGCCUGCAGGGCCACGACCGGCAGGGCCGGCCCAUGAUCUACGGCUUCGGCGCCCGGCACCACCCGUCCAACCGCGACCUCGACGAGUUCAAGCGCUUCGUCGUCCACGUGCUGGACGCCACCGUCGCCAGGCUGCCCCCCGGGCAGGAGAAGUUCGCGGCCGUCGCCGACCUCAAGGGCUGGGGCUACUCCAACUGCGACAUCCGGGCCUACCUCGCCGCGCUGGAGAUCAUGCAGAACUACUACCCGGAGCGCCUGGGCCGGGUGUUCCUCAUUCACGUGCCUUACGUCUUCAUGGCGGCGUGGAAGAUCGUCUACCCCUUCAUCGACGACAACACCAAGAAGAAGUUCGUCUUCGUCUCCGACAAGGACCUCGACAGGACGCUCCGGGAGGCCAUCGACGACGCGCAGCUGCCGGAGAUGUACGGCGGCAAGCUCAAGCUCGCAUCGCCGUCGCCGGCCAAGUAAGUGAUCACGACUGAUCACUGAUAUAUGGUGCGUGGUUCAGCAGAGACGACGAUCCAGAGGUAUGUAGUACGUUUAUACGUACACCAACAAGCAAGUGUCAGACCGGAAGAACGCUAUGGCAGUUAGCUAGUAGGUAACUUAUUAGUAGCUUUUCCCCCAUUUAAUUUCCGUGGCUGACUACAUGCAUUCUGUAAUCGACUACAAGAGGAGGACAAGGCACAGAAAGACGUAUGAUUUCUGUAUGCUACCAACGCAUGUAUUUGUAUCAAUAAGUUUAAUGACCUGUACUAACUGCUGCAGCAUCAUGCAUGCA